AUAAUACUAUUAAAAUAAAUUGAUUUUUUAAACAACUUUAUUGUUUAUCUCAAACGCACAGACAUUUCCGCACCGAAGACACCAUCGGAUUGUAGGCCAGACAUGACAACCGCCGGCACCUGCGCUAAGAAAGCGGACAAAUGCCGACACAAUAGCGUCCGGUUCGCCAUCCGUGACAAGUCUUUAGACAGAAAUCUAUUGAGAAAAUUGGAUCUAAAGCCAAUUUAUAUGCAAACGAUUGACCGUAAAUACGGCACCGAUAGGAGGGCGACGACAGCCGCGGCCACUGUCGGCACCGGCGGUAUGUCUGGCUCUCAAAGUGUGAUGGAUUUGCGGUCUAAUAACGUGAAUAUCACGACUCCCGGCGCCGCCACUCUUCGCGACGAUCACAGCACACGUCCCGACGAUUUACCCGUCGAUACGUUGAGAAGUAAGAAGAGACUCAAACGGCUGUUAGUGGGCUCCAGAAAGUUCUCCUCCUUUCACUCCCAUCACAAUCUCAUGUCAUUAGUGAACAGCUCUGGUGUCACCACUCCUGGCGCUGCCGGUGCUGGCGAUGGUCUGCACAGCACAUCAUUAUCGACACAGUUGUGCUCAAACACAUUGAAAGACGCCAUCGAUUAUAAGCUGAAGACAGAGGCCAUUGAUCUGACGGAUGAGCCCUAUUCUGAUCGAGCGGGCUUUUGCGGAAUACCACCGGCGCUGAUCCAACGGUACGCCGACGAGUGUCAACGCGACACAUACGAAGUGGCCGACGGUCUGGACAGGGCUCGCAUGCGGGCCCUCUCGGCUAAGGGUCGCCGGGGAGUACCCAACGACUAUUUGGGCGACUCUUGCGUCGGCCCACUCAUCGAUGUGGCCAACUAUGACAGUCUACACCUAUGGCUCGUAUCCCUGGGUCUACCCAUGUAUGAGCGAUGUCUGGUUGGGGCGGGCGUUGACACCCUAUACCGGGUGUCCAAACUUCGGGAGACAGAUAUUGUUAACAAGUGUGGCAUUAGAGACAAACGUCACGUCAGGAUACUUACUAAUGCUAUCGGAGCACUACAUCUCAGUGUAUAGACUCUCUGUCCACCCGUUUUGAUGACUACCCGUCCCCUCAUAUAAUGAAUUUCCUAUUGAUUUGAUGUAAAAUAUAGUUUAUUAGAGAUUUUUAUUGUUUUGUUUGCUUUGUCUGUAUUUACGGCUCAAUUC